AUGGAAUCGUUGACGGAUCUGCGGCUUCACGAGGACUCCUGGAACACGGCUCUCCACCUGGUCAGCACUCCCUUUUACGGCAUGGACGAGAUCACACAGUUCUGGCGUCUGGAUCAGUCGUGGGGACAAGAGCGGUCGGUCUCCGACUACCGUGCAAGCGCAAACUCGUCAGACAUGUUGACGAAUUGCCUGAACCUGUUCGCCACGUUGGUCACCGCUUUCGCCGAUGUCGACUGGAGGAAUCGCGCUGUCCAGAUCACGCAGUGCGUCAUGGCCGAACUGCAGAGCGCCGAGGAGCCCCAGAUCUACCUCGCUUUCCUUGCGCAGUUCGCCAAACUCGUCGGCAACCUGGUCGAUCAGCGCAAACUGCAGGACAAUGACCCGCUCCUGUUGUCCAUUUGGCAACUCCUUGCGUGUGCUGACGAGAUGUCGACCGGCAAGCUUUGGGAGCCAACCAGGAUGCUGGAAGACAGGCUCGGCGGGCGCUGA